AUGGCAGAAGAUCAUCACACAACUUUAGAGCCUCCCCCGCGGACCAGUAUGGACGAUCCAGGAGCACACGACCUUGAAUCUUCCGACUCCGAGGACCAUUUUUCCGAUGCUCAAUCAGACUUGAAAAACUCAGGAGGAGCUUCCCCAGUUGUGCCCAUCACUCGCAUCGAAAAGGUCGAUAACGAUCCCAGCUACGGAGAAGUGCCCGGCACGGAAGCAUAUCAUAUGAGGGAAAACGACGCCGAACCUGAUGAGAUUGCUGUUGUUGGCGACGCCAGCACGCCAGCCGUUUUGGACUCAGAAGAAAAUCCCUCCACUCCUGGAGGUCAACCCAUCCCCAUAACCGUUGUGGAAAGAGUAGAUGAUUCCGCGAGUUAUGGUGAAGUGCCUGCUACUGAAGCCUACGAGAAGCGUCAGGCAGAUUCCGUGCCGGACUUGGUAGUUAGAACUGGGGAUAGAAGCCGGUCUACCAGUACCAGCACCAGAUCAAGAGCGGAAAGUACUCCUGGAGACCUGCCAAUCCCUAUAACAAAGGUUGAGAAAGUGGACUCCAAACCUAGCCACGGUGAAGUUCCUGGAACCGAGGCAUACGAGAUGAGAAAGGGUGAUGCGCAACCAGACGUCGUAGAAGAAGUAGGGGAUGCUCCAGGUGAGAAUGCUCAUGUUUCUUCUGCAUCAGAGCGAUUGACCGGAUCAGGGUCGCCAACGUCUCCUGCUGCUAGGUCCCCACACAUGAGCCACGCAAGGCGAAAGUCAUCGGCGGCGGGAAAGAAAGCUGCCCCAAUUGAUGACUAUAACGAAGACGAGGACGGUUCGGAUGGAGGAUUUGGAGACGAUUUCGAUGAUUUUGAGGAAGGGGAGGAGGAUACGGAAUUUGGCGAUUUUGAUGAAGGUUUUCAAGAAGCAGAUGCGGCACCUCAACCUCCUCCCAUACAGUCUCUACCAGCUAAACCUGCAUUUUCCGUCCUCGAUUUUGCUGAUCUCGACACGCCCGAAGAAAUCAUUGCUGCAACAGAGCCAUACAUGGAUGCUCUCUUCCCACCGGACACAAUCGAUACCUCAGUGCUGCCACCAUUAACAGCUGAAAAUCCAAUCUUUCUCACUCCCCGUAGCGCGUCACUUUGGUCCCAGCUUGUAGCACCACCUCCACUCCAACCUCCAGACUGGAUACGUUCCCGAAUUCGUCGUCUAUUUCUCGUCUCCCUCGGCGUCCCAGUUGACCUCGACGAGAUCUUACCAGCCUCAAAACAAAAGAAAUUGAUCCUACCCUCCAUCAACCUCCCUAAUUCCCCGCGAAACUCAACAGACUCACGCUCCAUCUCCCGUCUCAAGAACCAGGACAACGCCUCUUCCACAUCUCUCGAUUCACAAGGCAAAGCCCGUUCUGAUUCCCGGCGUCGGCGUGGUCCACCGCCAGCUCCCCAACUAGAUUUGGUGUCUGCAAGACAAUUAUGUAUGAUUACCGAUGAAGCUCUCAACGGGUUCACUAUUCAGGAAUUGAAGGAACAUGUGAAGAAGUUGCAGGCUAUGCAGGAAACGGCUAAUGAGGUGCUGGAGUAUUGGACGAAGAGGACAGAUAAACAGCUAGGUGAUCGCGAGGCUUUCGAGGGGGUGAUUGAGAAUUUGGUUAAGCAUGCUAGGAAGACCAGGAAAUAG